AUGAUCAAGAUUGCGGGACGUAUGGAUGAUUUAUUCACUGCAGGCGCAGAGGUGUGGGACAUUCUGAGUCACGUUCUGAUGAACAUUGACAAAUAUAUCAUUCGUCUGCUUCUCUCAUCCAGGGUUUCUGCUUAUAAUGGCACCCCAAUCUUGAAACUGCUACUCAAAAUAAUAGAACGCAAGCGCUGGGGCCUCAAACCUUCAUGCAUUCAUGACGAAAAUGGAAAGUGGAACAAGAUCAUCACAUAUGCACCUGAUUGUCUCACGCAGCGCAAGGCAGAGGUCAAGAAGUUGUUGGACGUUUCUAUUGAGGAUGACACCUCUGUCAAUGCCGACAGUGAAAAGACUUAUAAAGGCAAGAACAUCAUUGAAUUAUGCAACGCGUUGCAUCAGAUAGGAAAGAAAUUGAUUUCUACUGGCACAGAUGUUGUUGUAACACCUGAGAUGUGUGCUCGCAUAGCAUUGUUGCGGCUAGUAUUCUUAGAAAACCCAACAGGAAAAUACUGGUCUGCUGUCGACCAGACUCUUGCAAAUAUUCGCAAAAAGGCAGGAGGAAAACUGAAUAAAGUAUCUGGAUGA